GGGCCGGGGCAGGGCUGAGCCCGCGGCACCCGGAGCCGGCACCGGGCACGGGGAGCUCGGGAUCGCCUGGGAACGGCGGACGGGCUGGGACGCGCCAUGGCUGCCAAGGCCCGGAGCAGGUUACCAGAUCCCAUCGAGGAUGUGCUUGGGGAUCUCCUGGGAUCCGAUGAGGAGUCCCCGGCUCCCCCCGCCCGCGGCUCCCGCGCCCCCUUCCCUCAGGCUCUGCCCAGGGGGGCCCUGCAGGGAGAUUCCAGAGGGAAAUUCCCGACGGAGAGCGCGGAGGGGGCCGAGCAGAUGGAGCACCUGGAGCACCUGGAGGAGAUGGAUGAGCUGGAUGAGCUGGAUGCAGAAAUCCUGGGAAUAACCAGAGCCGGGUCCAGGACAGGAAAAGGCACCGGGAAGGGAAUGGGGAAAGAUCCCAAGGAUCCCAAGGAAAAGCCGUUCCUGGAGAAGGAGCCGGCGGGGCCUGGAAACAAAACGGGACAGAGCAGGGACAGCGCCCCAGCCCCGCCCCGUCCUGAUGUCACCUUUGGGGACGACGUCGAUGACCUGGUGGAGUCCCUGGGCCUCGGGAGUGGCGCCGACGGAGCCGGGAACGCAUCGGGAACGCUGGGGGGGUGAGGGGACACCGGGCUGGGGACAGGGACAGGGCUCCACUGCCACCCCCAGUGCCACCCCCGGUGCCACCCCCGUGUGUGCCCAGCCAGGGGACACGGAGGGGCCGCGCUGGGAUCCAGGGAAAAGCCCCGGAGGAGGCGGGAAAGGCGGAACUGCGGCGGGAGCCCAAAGAACAGCCGGGAACCGACAGGGGCCGGGAUCUGCCGGAUUUUUCCUUCGGCUCCUACGAGCCCUCGGUGGCCUCGGGGAGCGAGCGGAGACGGGGACGGAGGUUUCCAGUUGGGAGCAGCUCCCGACGUCCCUCUGGGGCCGCCUGGCUGGGGCUGAAGGACGAGGAGUUCCUGGGAUUGGGAUCCAAGGAUGAGGAUUUCCUGGGACUGGGAUCCAAGGAUGAGGAUUUCAUGGGAUCCAAGGACAAGGAUUUCCUGGGGUUGGGGUCCAAGGAUGAGGAUUUCAUGGGAUUGGGGUCAAAGGACAAGGAUUUCCCAGGAUUGGGAUCAAAGGACAAGGAUUUCCUGGGGUUGGGACAGAAGAGCAAGGAUUUCCCAGGAUUGGGAUCCAAGGACAAGGAUUUCCUGGGACUGGGAUCAAAGGACAAGGAUUUCCCAGGACAGAAGCAUUUCCCAGGAUCAGGACAGAAGGAUAUCCCAGGACAGAAGGAUAUCCCAGGACAGAAGGAUAUCCCAGGACAGAAGGAUUUCCCAGGACAGAAGGAUUUCCUAGCACAGAAGGAUUUCCCAGGACACAAGGAUAUCCCAGCACACAAGGAUUUCCCAGCACACAAGGAUUUCCCAGGACACAAGGAUUUCCCAGCACACAAGGAUUUCCCAGGCCAGCAGGACCAGCCCCCCCUGGGCUCAGGUGUGCUGCCUCGGAGGCGAUCCCAGGCCGAGGCUCCAGACAGGAAUUCCCACCCCCGGAGGGCCCUGGAGCCGCCCGAGCCCGGCAGGCUGGAAUUCCCGCUCGGGACACGGCCCCGUGGGCAGGCGGCAACAGGUGAGGA